UGUAUCUCACUCUACUUGAAUUUCUCCAAAGCAAAGGAUUUGAUGCUUUAAGAUCACCACGGUUCUUGAAGUAUUAAUUCAAUUUCUCUGCACGGAUCCACGGAACAAGAUCUGAGUACCAUGACAGGAGGCAGAAGCAGGCCGAGGUCUCACUCCUAUUACAGUCCGGAGGACUGUAAGAAUUACGGUGUGCAGACACAGACUGAGGACAUCUUCCAGAGACCUCGUUCUAGGUCUUUUUACACUUAUGAAACAUCGGAGCAUGUCUCUGAUAAUGAUUUGGGAAGCGGAGCCAUAUCCAGUCAGCUAAAGCAGAAGGCCAUCAAUCUGCAACAUUCUGUGAGCAAAAAUGAAAAGUCAAAGUCUAAACCAAACAAGCACUCACUUUCAAGAGAUCUUAAUGGCAGCAAAGGCAGUCUUAAGUCUGUGUCCAUGAUGACUAUCUCUGAGUCGGACAACUGGGAGAUCUGCUCCAGUUCUGGGAUGAAAUAUGGUCAGUUUGUGGACUGGGAGAAAAUUGACCCAGAAGCUGCGACACGGUACGAACAGAUAUUGGAGAGCGAACACCACCAGCUGAAAGCCAUGGGUCGUGAAGGAUUUUGGGCUAUGCCUCAUACAUUGAGAGCAAAGGCUUACUAUCACAUCAUCCAUGGCAUCCAUUCCAGGUGUGACACACCUGAACGAGAUGUCUACUAUGAACUGAGCAAGAAGCUAUUUGGAGAACAAAAACUCAGCAACCACCCAGUUCCAGAGUACAUGGAGGCUGGAGAAAUACCAAGGUACUGUCUCAACAAAGCGGGUCUGAAUUCUGUUAAAAAGAUUCUUCUCUGUCUUGGGAGAUACUUCCCAGAUAUGAACUUCUGCCCGAUUCUUCCUGCGUUGGUCUCACUCAUCUUACACUUCAGCCAGGAUGAAGCUGAAUGCUUCUACAGUGUUUCCAGACUGAUUUGCUACGAUGACCCGAACAAACGCUACAUUGAUCAGACAUUCCUCACAUACCGAGCCUCGUGCAUGACCUUCGGAGACCUCGCAAACAGAUGUUGCCGGGGCAUCCGUAAGCUGAUUGCUAGCUCUCACCAGAACCUUUUUGAGUUUUACUCUGACUGGAUCAUGUGGAUCUUUGCGGAUCUUCCAUUCACAUAUGCUAUUAGAGUACUGGAUGUCUACCUAUUGGAGGGCUACAAGGUCCUUUACAGGGUGGCAUUGACUUUGCUCAGCCUCUACAAAGUGUCGGUGUCAUCUCGAGUUGCCGAUGUGGAGGAUUUCCGAACCGAUAUGAAAAGGUUUGUACAGAACGUAAAUCGCCACUGCACGGCCGAGAAUCUUCUGGAGCGAGCUUUCAUGGUUCCGAUUGCAACAAGGAGAGAGCUCAAUCUCCUGUUCAAGGCUAAUAAGGUCUCUCUUAUGCAAAAAGGAGUUAGCAUCCACCAGAAAAGGCAGUCCGUGGACACAGUGGACUUCAAUAACCUAAGCUCCAGUGUUGUAACAGGGACUGAGAUGAGAGUGGUCUGGGCCUGGAUACCGGAGCGUUUUGCCCUUUUCAGUCCCAUUAAGCUGUUUUGUAAAACAGAACACGGAGGAAGUCUUGCAUCAUUCUAUUCUCAUGUGGAGGGACACGAACCUGCAGUGUUGAUAAUCAAAACUGUGGAUGAAGAGGUUUUCGGUGCCUUCAUUUCAACAGAUAUGACAGAGAGGCACAAAUAUGACUCAAAUAAACUGACAUAUUUUGGAACCUGUGAAUGUUUUGUUUUCACGCUCCGUCCCAGCAUGGAGCGCUACCAGCGAGCCAUGGUCAACAUCAUGACAAGGAGAGUGUCCCCUCAGCAGGCUCCAGGCACCUCCCCGACCUCCUCCAGCAUGACUCUGACUUGUCCAGCUGGUACGCCCCAGAACCCCAGCUUCUUGACCAUUCCUUUCACCGCCCCCUCUGAGGAACCGAUGACUGCAAAAGAGCCAAAGAGAUCCAAGGAACAAGAAGCCUCCAAGUUCAUAGCAGGCAGUAGCAAACAUCUCAUUGUAGGUGGGAAUGGAGGCCAUGCUCUCUGCCUUCAAGAUGACCUGGAGGGAGGAUCCACAGAACCCUGUGACACAUUCAAGAGUACGCCACUCUGCAAAAAACAUUUUAAGAUCCAGUCCCUGGAAGUGUGGGGAAUCCAGAACUCCAUUUCUUUUUCUCACUGUUUGUCUUCCCAGACAAAUAUCUAAAAAAUGUUGCCUUUGCUGUCUACAUUAGCUUGAUGUUUUACUUGUUUUUUAUAUAUAUAAUAAAAUACACAUAUUGUGUGUUCCUUCUUUUAAGCAUAA